AUGCAUCUACGGAGAAUAAUAACACUGACGGUCACACUGCAGAUGGUCCGUUCCUUAUCGAUAGAGCAUCCGCAGAGUUACUCAUUGUUUAAACGAGGAGUAGUGCUCGGUGAUAUGACCUACAGCUAUGCCGCAACCGAUAUGGGAUCAUCGAAUGGAGGACGCGUAAAAACGGUAACAGUCAUUAAAAAUUUAUCCGUCCCCAAGCCCACUAGUAUGGUAUUCAACGAUCGCACCGAGCAUUAUUACGAAACAUCAGAUCAAACGGGUCAUAUAAAACGAGAACGAGUUCAAUAUUGGCCCGCCGAUGAAACAAAUAAAUUGAAGCAAGUUACGGUACUUCCACCGUCAUUUGCUAUACCUGAAACAGAAGAUUUUUCUACUGUCGACUUAAAACAUUCAAUGGAACUAAUAAACAUAGCAAAAAGUGCUGCGAAAACUCAAAAUAAACUGUUAAAGAAACUUCCUUCUGAUAACACAGGUCCCGUAACUUUCCCUGCAGAUGCUCAAAUGGUCAAAAAGAAAAAUAAUGGAGUAGUAACGGUUGCCAAAGACUAUACCAGUGUAGCAAACUCUGAUACUAAAGAACGCGGCAAAACAAAGUCCACCAACAAGCUCAACACAAAAGUAGAAAUACCAGCCAAUGAACAACAGCCAAAAAGUUACGACUCCAUCGAUACAAGUGCUGCUUAUCAUGACGACUUUGAACAAACUGAAUACGUUUACAUUCCAGAAAAGAACACUUACGCUUUAAAACAAAUUUCGAAAGCGCCGUCUGCAAUAAAAAACAAAAUAAAAAGCACACCUUAUGCCUACAAAGACCCUUCGUCACCCAGCACAAUUGGUUUUACUCUUUACGGUACCGCCAAUGACAGUGCACCAGACAUACUGUUCUCCGAACUGGCCAAUGCCGUUGCUUCACGGAACAUCUCUAUGAUUAAAUCCUUAGCCGGUCAGCUAGAUGAACCGUAUAUGUAUUCCCAAUACAAUUUUGAAUCUCUCAAAACCGACGACUACGGUCCACUGGCGUUUCAAGAAAACGUCAAAGGUAAAGCUGAGAUUGUCUCAAGCACCGUCCCCGCUCCGAAGUUCGACUUUUUGGAGACUUCUACUGCGACAAGCUCAAUCACGACGACAACAUUGGCGAUAACGACUCCAAAGAAGUCCCCACUUAGGUACAUAGCACCGCGACUGAGAGGAAUCAAGAGGUUUUCAUCAAGAAGACAAUAG